CCGGCACAGCGCUGGAGCUGUGGGCUCACGGAGAGGAGUAGCGAGCAGCUGGAACGGAGUUGGAGGAAGCAGCGGUCGCGGCGAGGGUGGUGGACCAGCUACUCGGAGACUCCGAGCCGGGACAGCCAGGGGCCGGCGGGUCGUAGCUGGAUCGCAGGCGCGUCGGAGCGGUGCGCUCAGGAAGCCGCUGAAGCACAGGCCGGGCAGAGGAAGGAAGCCGGCCGCCGGGGAGGUGAAGCUGUGAGUGGAGUGUGGCAGUAAAAUCAGACGACAGAUGGACAGUGUGACAAGAGCGUCAGAGAGGAUUGGGCCUCGCCUUGAGAGUCGGCCGGGAGUCAAGGUGUUGACAAGUUGCUGAAAAGGACGCCAAGGAGGACUGUGGCAAGCAGAGGGAUUGGAGCACUGUCUUUAGUCACACCAUUGAUGGAGGACAGAUGGACAGCCGAAUGGCCAGUCACCUCUCCUCUUAAACCUUUGGAGAGUGGUUCUUUGUCCUCAGCUGGACACCUGGUAGGGAUUUUAGCCCACUCCCUGAAUUCGCUUUCCAUCAAAACCUAAAAUCAGACUGCAGUAUAAAAGCAGACUCAUCUAUUGCAUGGUGACAGAUCUGCAGACAUGAGUGCUGAGGGGUACCAGUACAGAGCUCUGUAUGACUACAGGAAGGAGAGGGAAGAAGACAUUGACCUGCAUUUGGGGGACAUACUGACUGUGAAUAAAGGAUCCUUGGUGGCACUUGGAUUCAGUGAUGGACAGGAAGCCAGGCCUGAAGAUAUUGGCUGGUUAAAUGGCUAUAAUGAAACCACUGGGGAGAGGGGAGACUUUCCAGGAACUUACGUAGAAUAUAUUGGAAGGAAAAGAAUCUCGCCUCCCACUCCAAAACCCAGGCCACCUCGACCUCUUCCUGUUGCACCAGGUUCCUCAAAAACUGAAGCAGAUAGUGAACAACAAGCUUUGACCCUUCCUGAUCUGGCUGAGCAGUUUGCCCCUCCUGAUAUCGCCCCACCUCUCCUUAUCAAGCUCCUGGAAACCAUCGAGAAGAAAGGACUGGAAUGUUCGACUCUAUACAGAACACAGAGCUCCAGUAACCCUGCAGAAUUACGACAGCUUCUUGAUUGUGAUGCUGCCUCCGUGGACUUGGAAAUGAUUGAUGUGCAAGUUUUAGCAGAUGCUUUCAAGCGCUAUCUUCUGGACUUACCAAAUCCUGUCAUUCCAGUAGCUGUUUACAGUGAAAUGAUGUCUUUAGCCCAAGAAGUACAAAGCUCUGAAGACUUCAUCCAGGUGUUAAAGAAGCUCAUUAGGUCACCUAAUAUACCUCAUCAGUAUUGGCUUACACUUCAGUAUUUGCUAAAACAUUUCUUCAAGCUGUCUCAAGCUUCCAGCAAAAAUCUUUUGAACCCAAGGGUCCUCUCUGAAAUUUUCAGCCCUAUGCUUUUCAGAUUCCCAGCAACCAGCUCUGAUAAUACUGAACACUUCAUAAAAGUAAUAGAAGUUUUAAUCUCAACUGAAUGGAAUGAACGACAGCCAGCACCAGCACUGCCCCCUAAGCCACCCAAGUCCACCACUGUAGCCAACAACAGCAUGAACAACAGUAUGUCUUUACAAGAUGCUGAAUGGUACUGGGGGGAUAUCUCAAGGGAAGAAGUAAAUGAAAAACUCCGAGACACAGCUGAUGGGACCUUUUUGGUACGAGAUGCAUCUACUAAAAUGCAUGGCGACUACACUCUCACACUAAGGAAAGGAGGAAAUAACAAAUUAAUCAAAAUAUUUCACCGUGAUGGAAAAUACGGCUUCUCUGACCCAUUAACCUUCAAUUCUGUGGUUGAACUGAUAAACCACUACCGGAAUGAGUCUCUAGCCCAGUACAAUCCCAAGCUGGAUGUCAAAUUACUUUACCCAGUGUCCAAAUACCAACAGGAUCAGGUUGUCAAAGAAGAUAAUAUUGAAGCUGUAGGGAAAAAGUUACAUGAAUAUAACACUCAAUUUCAAGAAAAAAGUCGGGAAUAUGAUAGAUUAUAUGAGGAAUACACCCGCACUUCCCAGGAAAUCCAAAUGAAAAGAACAGCUAUUGAAGCAUUUAAUGAAACCAUAAAAAUAUUUGAAGAACAGUGCCAAACCCAAGAGCGGUACAGCAAAGAAUACAUUGAAAAGUUUAAGCGUGAAGGCAACGAGAAGGAGAUUCAAAGGAUUAUGCAUAAUUAUGAUAAGCUAAAGUCUCGCAUCAGUGAGAUCAUUGAUAGCAGAAGAAGGUUGGAAGAAGACUUGAAGAAGCAGGCGGCCGAGUAUCGUGAGAUUGACAAGCGCAUGAACAGCAUUAAGCCAGACCUCAUUCAGCUGAGAAAGACAAGAGACCAAUACUUGAUGUGGCUGACUCAAAAAGGCGUUCGGCAAAAGAAGUUGAACGAAUGGCUGGGAAAUGAAAACGCAGAAGACCAAUAUUCACUGGUGGAGGAUGAUGAGGACUUGCCUCACCAUGACGAGAAGACGUGGAAUGUUGGAAGCAGCAACCGAAACAAAGCUGAAAAUCUAUUGCGAGGGAAGAGAGACGGCACUUUUCUUGUCCGGGAGAGCAGUAAGCAAGGCUGCUACGCCUGCUCUGUAGUGGUAGAUGGUGAAGUCAAGCAUUGUGUCAUCAACAAAACUGCGACAGGCUAUGGCUUUGCAGAGCCCUAUAACCUGUACAGCUCCCUGAAGGAACUGGUGCUACAUUACCAACACACCUCCCUCGUGCAGCACAAUGACUCCCUCAACGUCACACUAGCAUACCCUGUAUAUGCACAGCAGAGGCGAUGAAGCAUUGUCUUUGGAUCCCGUUCCUGACCUGCAGCCACCCGAGGCCUCUGGGAAGCAAAGGGCUCCUCUCCAGCCCGACCUGUGAACUGAGCUGCGGAAGUGAAGCCGGCUGUCUGCACAUGGGACUAGAGCUUUCUUGGACAAAAGAAGUCGGGGAAGACACGCAGCCUAGCGCUGUUGGAUGACUAGAUAUUUCUAACCUGAUCCUUUCUCCUUUUUUUUUUUUUUUUUUUUUUUAAUUUAAAGCCACAACACACAACUCAAAGAGAAAAAGAAAUGCAAAAAUCUCUAUGUGCAGGGACAAAGAGGCCUUUAACCAUGGUGCUUGUUAAUGCUUUCUGAAGCUUUACCAGCUAAAAGUUGGGACAUUGGAGACCAGAAGGUAGACAGAGCAGAAGAGCCUGCUCCCGGGACCGCUUGGUCCAGCCUGGUUUAGCCUGGGUGUGCUGGGUGUGGUGGACCCAGACAUGGCGCACUGUGGAUCAUUUCCUUUCCUAACUAACGAAUGGUAUGUAGCAGAGAGGCACAUUGGCUGGCACGGGACACUUGAGAGAACAUCGGCACAGUAUAUUAAGGGUGCGGGGCGGGGGGAACGUGUUGCAGGAAAGUGCCAGAAAGUGUUUUGUUUAAACUUGUCAACAACUCACCAACAGAAAAAUGAGCAUGGACAACAGGACUUAAAGAGACAUUCAGUAUAUAAAAUAUGUACAUAAUAUUGGAUGACUAACUAUCAAAUAGGUGGAUUUGUAUCAAUACCAAAUAGCUUCUGCUUUGUUUUGCUGAAGGCUAAAUGCACAGCGCUAUGCAAUUCUUAAUUUUCAUUACAUUGUUACCAGUUUCAAAAUAAGCUUCCCUUACCCCAAUUUUUGUUGCUUGAAAAUAUUGUUGUCCUUGAUUUUUUUGUUAAUAUUCAUUUUGUUAUUUUUUUUAAAGAAGAAAUGUACAGGAUGCCAGUAAAGAAAAAUGGCUUCAGAAUUAAAACUAUGAAAUAUUUUACAGUUUUUCUUGUACAGAGUACUUGGCUGUUAGCCCAAGGUUAAAAAGUUCGUAACAGUUUUUUUUUUUUUUUUUUUUUUUUUUUGGACUAAAUGUUGGGCAGGGCCUGAUAAGCUUCAAAGCUGCUUUAUUCAAUAAAAAAGAAAAAGAUAUGACUAUGACAGUAUCACUGAGUCCAACAGUGUUGUUUUAAGACUCUUAAAAUACGGUACCUGGCAAUGUUUGCUUCACAUAGAAUUGUGAACUUCUUGAAUCUGGGGGGGUUGGGGUGGUAACCAGGAGUUAUAGCAGGCGGGGUCGUGGGAGAGGGUGGCGGGCGGUGUGCACUUUCUCCGUGUUCCAGAGAAGUGGUGAAGAACUGCAGACACGAACCAUUUGCUUCAGACCUUCAGUCCUUCCCCCACUUUGAUCCAUUCAUGACCAGUUAACAGCAAUUUCAAACCCACUGCAACUCUAAGCAGAGGGCAGCUGGUCUGGCAUUUCAGUUCAUAUGAAGGAGGUGCUGAUCUUGUUUUGGGGUUCCUGGAACAGUACUCCUUUUUGGUUGAACACACUGGUCUCAAGAUUGAAUCUCUGCAUUUAGAAAAUGUGCUCUUUCUUGUUUUAACAUUAGACUCUAGUCACGACAACCAGCCAACAUUCAUUUCAGCAAAAGCAUGAUCUGAAAAAACUAUUUUCAGUGAGAUGUUUGUUAUUUUCCUAGCUUUCCAUUCAAUUUAGAACAUAAAGCAAGUAGACAGACGUAGGCAGUCACUGGGCUUUGUGGAGACUGCUAAAAUUAGGGCCAUCACCAAAAUGCAAAUAAUCGAGUGUGUUGUACAUCAUGGUGGGGAAAGGGAGGGUUUAGUGGCACCACCUUUCUGAUUUAGCCAUGAUGUUCUUCUAGAUCCAAAGCUGUUGUGUUCAGCAGGAAUUGCCCAUGAGUGAAGACUAAUGGCAGUGGUGGUCAGAGCCCUGGUAGAUUAAAGUGGCACCUUCAGUUUCAGUUUCCCUUUCUCCAUAUCAGACAGACUCAUCCAUAGCUUUAUGUCUCUUCCCUUCAUAUACUGAGGUGAGGGUCUUUUAUUUCAUGUCUUUCAAUGUUGUUUUAAUCUUUUGGAAUUAUCAGCCCAACAGCUGAAUGGUCUGUAGAAUGUGUUACUUUUCUUUACAUGAAGCUACUGCUCAUCCUUAAGAGCAAAAGUCAGUCUCCAGUCAGACUGUCAGCCCUCAAACUUGACUCUUCUGAUCUGACCAUCUCCUUCUGACUGCUGGACAAUUGAUUCCCUGGGUUUAGUCUAUGUUUUUGCUUUGAAAUUUUCAGUGGUGACAUUUCGCUAUGUCAUUUAAAAUUUAACAAUUAAUAGUUGUUUGUAAACUAGGUUUUGUGGUUGUUUUUGUUUUUGUAGCACAUCACAUAUGCUAUUAAACACAGAUAACUUUAAUUUUAAAACUAGAUUGGAGAUUGGAUUUUUCAUUAAAAGCAACAGUUCUGUUAAUAUUUUUGCUUCAACACACUGCAAGAUAACAUGUGAUCUAGGCAGUUGCCUCAUUUUUGCAUCUUACAAACAUAAAUGCAAUAGAUUUUUCAUGAAACAGAAGGCAGGGGUCAGUCAUUGUUUUGCACAAUAAUAAGUUAUAGACUGCCUGUUCUGCUGAAUGCCUUUUUGGUGACAGGUUAGCACACUGACCAAAUCUGUCCUUGGAAAAGUUUAACCACCAAGGUUCUGUGGGUUUAAUCAAGAUAGCCAUUCAACAUCAGAUGGCUCAUGAGUGUAAAUAGGUUUAGCAGAGGUGCUCCUGAUGCAUAAUUAUCCCUGCAUCGGUUUUUUUUCCCACCAAAUGUCACAUCCUAAAGACAGAUGCUAAACUCCUGAGAGGCUGAGAUAGUACUAUAGAAAAAUGGAAGGGUUGGGACUUCAUAUUCCACACCAGAGCGACCAUAGCUAUGUGAAAAGGCAGCAAGCAUAUGUUUGCAACAUUGGACACGACCCUGGAUAUAUGUAUAUAUGUAUAUGUGCAUGGACUGUGUUUCCAGUACACCUUUCAGCCAAACAGGUACACAGUCGUUGAGUUCAAGUACAUAAGAAGCAAAUGUCUAGUGCAGUUCUUGUAUAUGUGUGUGAGGUUUUCUUUUGAUAUUGCUUUGUUUUGUCUUAUAAAGGUGAAAAUUGUUUGCAAGUGAAGUGAGAUGUUCAUAAUUCUUUGACAUUUUCCUGUUUUUAGAAGUUGCUCCGUUUAGGGAGCAGGUCUGGAUGACUUGCUUAUCCGAGGAACCCUUGUUUUCAGUGUUGUCAGUCAGAAUGUGUUUCUGUGAGCUGUCAUUGUGGGGAACCAAUUGCUUUGUCAUAUAGCUGGUUAUGAACUAGUAACGUAUGUGGGAAGUCCUACUGAUGUUCCUUAUUGGGAGAAAAUUUCGGCUGGUUUUCACAACUGUGCUUUUACUAUGUGUGGUAUCCAAGUCAGUUGGAAAGCAGAUCUUGCUUUCUGUUUGAAUUUAGGGUCAUGUAAGAAAGGGGCAGUUAAAGCACAAUGCCUUCCAUGGGACAAAGUUCCAAAAUGCCAAAAUUCUUAUUUUUAAAAAUAAUCUCUAGUUAUAUAAAGUACUAGUACUAUGGGUUGAGAGGGGGUAGAAUUGGGUCAAUUGGAAAGACUAUCCAAUUUCUCAUUGAACUUCUCACCAUGAGAUAGCGUUGGCUGCCCAGGAUGCUGCUAUUGAAGGGGGGAAAAAGCAAAAGAAAAAAAAGUCAUUUAUAUGUGUGUAUUUUUUAAAGCUACAAUCUGUUCAAUGUUUUUACAAAUCUGUUUAUAUGACAUUGAUAAAAAUAAAGUUGGUCUUUUGACGAGAGGGAGGUUGUCGUGGUCAGUUGUAAUUUUGCCUUUACAAGGCAACUGGGGUGGGGGGAGGGAGUGUGCCUCCUUGACAUUUUGUUCAAGUUAUAGAUUCAGUGGAGCUAUGUAUUGUUUUAAGUUGCUUAAUGCAUUGUAUUAGGUCUUCAAACAGAAUAAAGGUUGUUUUGAAACUUAA